UGCGCCUGCGGUGUGCGGCCGGCCGGCUCUCCCCUCGGCCCUUGCGCCUGGGACCUGCCCGCCAUCCCCGGAGCCAUGGAGGUCGUGCUGCCCCAGGACCUGAAGCAGGACGCCGGCCUGGCCAAGCGGAGGCACGCUGAGCUGCGCCGGCAGAAGCGGGUCUUCGACGCCAGGAGCAGGAUCAUCGGGGGAGACACAGAAGCCUGGAAUGCCCAGGUUCAUGACCAGAAGAUAAAAGAGGCAACUGAAAGAGCUAGACAUGAAACGUUUGCUGCUGAAAUGAGGCAAAAUGACAAGAUCACAUGCAUAUUAGAAGAUCGGGAAAGGAGAGAUAGGAAAACGCUCUGUAGAGCUAUCAAUAAUUUCCAGCAGAGCUUUCAGAGGCCAGAGACUCGCCGUGAAUUUGAUCUGUCUGACCCCCUGGCCCUUAAGAAAGAUCUCCCAGCCCGGCAGUCAGAUAAUGACAUCCGUAAUACAAUAUCAGGAAUGCAGAAGUUCAUGGGAGAGGAUUUAAACUUCCAGGAGAGGAAGAAAUUCCAAGAGGAACAGAACAGAGAAUGGUCCUUGCAACAGCAGAGGGAAUGGGAGAGGGCUCGUGCCAGCCACAGGUGUGCAGAGGACCUCCACCUGCAGACGCGGCUCAGGUUUGACGAAACGGCCAAGCACCUGCAGACGCUGGAGCGCACCACGCGAAGGGCCGUCUGUGCGGCUGUGAAGGAGUUCAACAGGAAGCAGGCUGAGGAGUCCAUGGAAAGGAAAAAACAAGAGAGAAAGCAGGAAGAGGAGGACAACCUGGCCGAGAUCUCCAGCCUGCUGCAUGGGGAUCUGCUCUCUGAGAACCCGCAGCAGGCGGCCAGCUCCUUUGGUCCCCACCGUGUGAUCCCAGGCCGCUGGAAGGGCAUGUCCCGGGAGCAGCUGCAGCAGAUCCGCCUCACUCAGAAGCAGCAAGUCGUGGAGAAGCUGAGGCUGCAAGAGGAAGAAUGCCAGCGAGACAUGGACUGGGACCAGCAGAGGGUCCAGAAGGCUCGGGAGGCCCUGCUGCAUGAGCGGCAGCGGCAGCGGCAGCAACGGGACCUGCGCAGGGCCCUGGACGACAGCAACCUCAGCCUGGCCAAGGAGCAGAAAAAACACAUAGAUGAAGUCAGGAGGAAUCAGCUCACGAGAGAUUAUUUCACACAAUUUAAUACAAGAAGUCGAUGAGAAAGACGCCCUUUCACGUAUGAAGCGUGGCGACCUUAAAGAAUCAUUUAUUUAAAAAGAAUGCAUGUCUUGGUCCAGAAAUAUACCCAAGAAAAGGUCUGAUUCUUCUGUCACUUAAUAAGGCCAGUGAGUUGAGACAAUGAAGGGAAAAGAGAGUUUGAUUCAGCUGCCGAGAACUGAACCGAGAAGCAGGGUUUCGGCUCACAAAGGUGCUUCUCAACCCCAGGGGACCCAGGGGCGCAGAUGAAGGGAGGAAGGGGCCGCACCUCCCGGGAACAGGAGGCGGGGGUCUCCCAGGAGCUCGGAGCCACCUUUUCUCCUUUCAUGGUCUGGAGCUUCUGGUCCUGGUGGUCAGCAGCUGUCUUUAGCCUCCAAGUGGGAAGAGGAGUGACCGGCCCACACCAGGUCAAGUUAACCUGUUAACAGUUUCAGACUUGUCUCAGUUCACACAAAGCUGAACCGACUCAGACCAAAGAUCAAGGCAGCAGAGGAGACGGACACAGCGUGAAGGCAAAGAUGGCCACCUCUCCACCCCGUUCCCAUCACCCGCUGGGUGUCUGCAGGCCCAAGUGAAGAGUCAGUGUGUCAGUAGAAGUGGCCUUGGUGUCCCCAAGGGGUCACUUAGGCAACUGUUCCCAUCAUAACCCAUGCGUCUGAGGUGUUGACUACUGCAAAGCCAGUGGGAAACUAGGAACGCAUGACCCGGCUGCAUGACCUCCAGCUAAGGGCGAGCCAAGCUGGAGGGCGGGUGGUCCCCUCCUCUGCAGCAGGACUUUAGGGAGAGGUGGCAUCUGGUGACCUGUGCACUCCUCACUCAGGCUCAGCUGCUGCAGUGGCAAGUGCUUUGCUGUUAGCAGAGUAGGUGUCGUUCCCAGCUCCGCCAAGAGGUGACUGAUGUGACCCUUGUGACAGCCAGUAGCAGGUGUCCUUACCACCGACGUUUUCUAGCAGGAGAACCUGGUGUGGACACGUGCGAGGACUUGUCCACCUUCCCGCUGCUGGAGGAAGCCUGGCCCCCGCCACCUGCUCUGCUCCCCUGAGGAACAGACUCCAGACCCAGUGCGUCCAGAAGCGCAGGGUUUCCUCUCUUACUCUCUGAAAGUCCACGCUGACUGGGAAGCGCUGCUGAGCUGCCUGGCCCCCGGGCUCUCUCCGCUGGCUGACCCCCCAUGCAGCCCCCUUCCUGGGGGACGCUCUAGCUCCCACCCUCCUGCCAUACACUGCCAGCUGGCAGGGGAGACUGCUUCCCUUGGGGACGUGCCAGGAAAUGCACACUCCACCUCUACUGAGUCCCCAGUCCGACAUGCUCAUGGUCCCAGGAUGGGACGAACGCAUUUCCUCUGAAUCACACCAUGGUGUCCACUGCCGUCAUCUGCAGUCCCACUGGUAAGGAAACUAGGAAAGCUAGGCUGAAUUUGAACUCCGAGGACACCAGGAUAGCUGGCCCCUGCAGGCUGUGACUAGGCAGCAGGGUGGCGAGAUGCCCACAGAGGCCUGUCCUUCACAGACACUGGGGCCCAGAGUCCAGUGCAGUGCUGAGGUGGAGCAGGCCUUUGGGACACCCUCCCCCUUCUCUCCUGCGGGGCCCGGGCCUCAGCCUCCCCUGGGGCUCUCCACUCUGCCACGCCUGCCACGAAACCACCCACAGGUGCUGCUGUCUGGGACGCGUUUCUCUACCACCGUGUGAGCCUCGGGGAUCCCACGCCCUAAGUCACUCCAGUCACAGGUGGACCAAGCCUCACUCUGCUCUCUGGAGCAAGGCGGGAUCCUGCUGUGACGUUAACAGUUGCUUAAGGUCCAGGGAAAACACAGAAAGGACCCACAUCUGAGGGGAGACCAGGGACCCAGGUCCCUCAAGGCACUUCCUGGAGUCCCCUUCACAGGACAUGCUGCCCCCACCUCCACCCCUGUACUCCUCCUUGGCAGAGCCCAGGGCCCCCCAGGGUCUUUGGUUUGAGCAGGACUCCCUCUUCCCGGUGUGUGAGGAGCCAGAGUGCUCACUACAGGUGAGAGGUUUUUUAGGGCAGAAAACUGAGUGGCUUUAACAAUAGACAUUUAAUGGUGGCAGCCCUGGAGGCCAGAGGUCCAACACGUGGGCAGGGCUGCUGGAAGGCAGAGCCCUGCUCCCCAGGCACAAGGGAGGCUGUGUCCAGGCCUCUUGCUGAGCUUCUGUGGUUUCCGGCACACUUCAGCUCGUAGCAUCCCUGAUCUGUACCCUCCUGUCACAGGGUCAUCCCUGUGUCUGUCCAAACAGGAGGACUCUGGCUCCCCCAGUGACCUUAUCCUCCCUAAUCACACAAUUCCCUAUUUCCACGUAAGACUACAUUCUGAGGUGCAAGGGGGUAGGACUCCAACGUGUGUUUUGGGGGCACAUGAUUAACCCACCACAGGGGAAAUGCAGAGGGGCACCUGUUCCACUGCCUCCCAAGGUCAUAACAAGGAGCAUCGUGCCCAGGCUGAGCAAGCCAGGCCUUGGGAAGCAAGGGGGUGAUGGCGACCGACAGCCACAACAGACGGUUAAUCCUGCGUUUGAGGAGGAAAAUCAAGAGAGAAAUGGGAGGUGAUGUCAGUGCAUUUGGAAAGACUGAGACCACUUCAAGUCUGCAGCCCCUUCUAGUCCCCGUGCUACUCUAACUCGGGGUUCAGGGGUAGAAGGGGAGCCCUGCACAAGGAGCACAAGGCAGGUCACACGUGAGCACAGGCCAGAACCACUAGGAGGCUGAUGCCGCCCUUGAGGAUACACUGUGUCCUCAGAACCAUGAGCCCAAUGCGGAGAGUGGUUUUUAACAUUGAACUUCACAUUUUUAUAAAAAUAAAAAGCUGGGCAUUUGCUUGCUUUAGAUGCGCCCUCUGCUGGUGACAUCACGACGCAUUCCCUGUUCUCCCCAGGAAAAUGUAAUUAAUGAUUAGCUCACCAAGGAGCCUCUGUCAGGCUGGGGUGAGUUCUGACAACACCCAGGACAGCCCUGGAUAUUUGUUGUGAUCACUCAGAAAAGACAGGAUGAACUCAGCUAAGUGAUUACUGUCCCUGGGAGGCAGAGCCGAGUGCGGCCUCUCCAUCACUCUCCUCUGAGUGGCCUGUUAGGAUUUUACACACAACAUUCAAGUUCCACAGGGCUUUUGUUUUGGUUUGUUUCUAACUUAUCCCUGCAUUUUAUUAUGAACAUUUUCAAACAUAAGGAAAAACGUAAAGAAUGGUGCUGUCCAUACCUGCUCCCUAUAUUCUACAAUGAGUAUGUUGCUCUAUUUGCUUCAUUGCCUACCUACCUGCAGAUUGGUUUUUUAAAAUUUCAGUUUUAUGCUGUUUAUAAAAAGAUGCAGCUAAAACAAAACAGCUCAGAAAAGUUAAAAAUAGCAUUCAAAUGUCAUUUGAACCAGGCGUGGUGGCACAUGCCUGUAAUCCCAGCAGCUCAGGAGACUGAGGCAGAAGGAUUGCAGGUUUAAAGCCAGUCUCAGUAAUUUAGUGAGGCUCUGUCUCAAAAUGUAAGGACGCGGGGUAUUAGUUUAGCAGUUGAACAUCCUCGGGUUCAAUCACCAGUACCGCAAAACAAAACGAAAAGAACACCACCAACAAAAAAUCAUACAAUUGCCAAAACUUGGAGUGUUCUUUAAUAGGUGAAUGAGUAACCAAACCAUAGCACUUCCAGACCGGAUUAUUUCCAGCACUUCAAUGAAUGGCACAGUGGGACUGCAAGUUGGUGCUGCCACUCUGGAAAGCAGCACAGAGAGCCUCAGAAAACUUGGAACAGAACCACCAUCUGACCCAGCCAUCUCACUCCACAGCAGACACCCAAAGGACUUAAAACCAGCACACUACAGUGACACAGUCACAUCAGUGUUUAUAGCAGCUCAAGUCACAAUAACUAAACUAUGGAACCAACCUAGGUGCCCUUCAGUGAAUGAAUGGAUAAAGAACAUGGGUAUAUACACAGUGACUGUGUACUCAGCCAUAAAGAAAAAUGAAAUUAUGGCAUUUGCCAGUAAAUGGAUGGAACAAGAUAAUAUGUUUAGUGAAAUAAAAUGGUCUCAA